AGGAGUAUUCCGCUCAUUUUAGAGUGGAAGUGUAGCUUCUUCUAUUUAUUUUUAUUUUUAUUUUUUUAUUUUUAUUUUUCAUUUUUUUUGCUGAAACAAUUUGAUUACAGGAGAGCCCGCGCCUAAAAGAACAUACUUCAAAUCUCAUGGCCUUUCACGUCGCUUGCCCAAUUACAUGCCGAAAAAUCUGUUUCUGCACGCUUGGGUUUCCUCAGAAGCUUCAGAGUGAGAAGGGCCGGAAGGAUUUCUUGGAAGAGGUUUUUAGGGUUGAGGAUUUCUUGCGCGAUCCGUGGUCGCUUAGGGCUAGAGAGAAGGGCACCGUUCAGGUAGUGGUCCCUCGGAUUAUUGUACCGACCGUAGCGGUAACUUCGGUGGCUGAUGGGCUUGGAGGUGGAGAUGGAGAUGGGGAGGAAAUCUUGUCGGCGCAAAACAAGCGGGCCGCGCUGCAGAAGAGGGCAGUUGCAGCGUCAUUGGCUGCUGAGGACUAUGCCCGGAGGUUUGAAACUGGAAAUUUGGCGGAUGCAUCUAAAGAAAAUGCUUGGAAUCUUGAUGGAGAAAAUCAGAAUUCCUCUAAUACCAAAGUGAUGUGUCGGUUAUGUUUUCAAGGUGAAAAUGAAGGAAGUGAGAGAGCAACAAAGAUGCUUCCGUGCAAAAUUUGCAACAAAAAAUAUCAUAGAAAUUGCCUGAAGAGUUGGGCCCAACAUAGAGAUUUAUUUCAUUGGAGUUCAUGGACCUGCCCCUCUUGCCGAAUUUGCGAGGUAUGUCGCAGAACGGGGGAUCCAAAUAAAUUCAUGUUUUGUAAAAGGUGUGAUGGUGCAUACCAUUGCUACUGCCAGCAGCCUCCACACAAGAAUGUUAGUGCUGGCCCUUAUUUGUGCCCAAAGCAUACAAGGUGUCAUAGCUGCAGGUCCAAUGUUUCUGGAAGUGGCCUAAGUACAAGAUGGUUUCUAGGGUAUACUUUCUGUGAUGCUUGUGGCAGAUUGUUUGUGAAAGGAAAUUACUGCCCUAUUUGCUUGAAGGUUUAUAGAGAUUCUGAACUAACACCAAUGGUUUGCUGUGACGAUUGCCAGAAAUGGGUGCACUUGCAGUGUGAUGGUAUCAGUGAUGAAAAAUAUCUGCAGUUUCAAACAGAUAAAAAUCUUUACUACAAGUGUGCUGCAUGCCGAGGAGACUGUUACAAGGUUGGAAAGAAGCCUGAAGAAGCUAUACCUGAACUUUGGAGGAGAAGAGAUGAAGCUGAUAGAGAGGAGAUUGCAGGCUUGAGGGCUGCUGUGGGAUUGCCAACUCAAGAAGAGAUAUUUUCCAUCUCACCAUUUUCAGAUGAUGAAGAAAGUGGCCCUGUUAUAUUAAAAAAUGAGUAUGGACGCUCUUUAAGAUUUUCAGUCAAAGGAUUAGUUGACAAGGCCUCAAAGAACACCAAGGAACAUGGGAAGAAAUACUCAAACMAAAAGUAUGUAAAGAAGAAAGGAUAUCACCUAUUGAAAACUGAAGGUCAUCAGAGUUUUGAUACACAGCAUGAUGCACAAUCACUUGAGAAUAGCAUGGAUGAAGAAAGAGAUGAUCAAAUACGCUCAUAUAGAAAUGAGGGGUCAGAUGCAUCUUUGUCUCCUGCUGGAAUUAUAGUUGAUGACAAAGAGAGAUGCUCUAUUAAUCAACCUGGAAAUGUCAAGCACAAUUUUAUUGAGGAUACUAUGGUAAACAACAAAGAUAGAGCCUCCAGAGUUAUCCAAAUUAGCAGUGGUAAACCACAUGGUAUGGAGGAAGAUAUGGGAAAAUAUGCUAGCAAAUCAGAAACCAAGGGAAAGAAGCUAGUUAUACAUUUAGGUGCAAGAAACAGAACUGUAACUGGCUCUCCAAGGUCAGAAGCUUCAAGCUGUCACAAAGAGCAAGAUGUAACAUCUAAUGGUAAUGAGGAAACCAGCCAACAGAAGGCCAAUGGUAAGAAGUAUAUGAUUGAUGGACAAGAUGGUGUAGCAAGAUUUGUAGAUGGUAGAGGAGAGAAACUUGGCACAACCAAUUUAAAAGGUCUUAGAGGCAGGGAAGGCAGCUUGAUAAAGUUGGGAAAGUUUAAAUCAGAUGUUUCUGAUACAGACCUAAAUAUCAGCAGAGGAAAUUCCAGAGACGGAUACCAGUCUAGUUCUUUGGAAAAAACUCAUGUUUUAUUGUGUAAAAAUGACACUGAAGGAAAUUCUGCCAUGGCGGAGCCUGUAGCYGAAGCAACCACAUUGAGGGAUGAUGACGCCUUUCUGAGGAAGCAUUCAAAAGGCACACUUAAUAAGCAUGGUGAAAUCUGCAAUAACUCCACUCUCACACCCUCCAUUUCUGAUUCAUUGACAAAAGACCCCAAACCGUUGUUGAAGCUUAAAUUUAAGAAUYCUUACCUUGACAACCGGAGUUCUUGGGUUCCCCAAGGGGAGGAAGAAAAGAGUUUUAUCAAAGGGCAGAGGUCAAAAAGAAAAAGACCAUCACCUUCAACUGAAAAGGCUUUAGUUAGGGAAGAUGGAAAAGAAUUCCGUCAGGAAAAUCCAAUAAAUGAGGUUAUGGAUGCCAACUGGAUCUUGAAGAAAUUGGGCAAGGAUGCAAUUGGGAAAAGAGUUGAAGUUCAUCAACCAUCUGAUAACUCCUGGCACAAGGGAGUGGUUACUGAUGUGACGGAAAGCACAUCGUCUUUAACUGUUCAUCUAGAUGAUGGAAGAGCAAGGACGUUGGAUCUUGGGAAGCAAGGGGUUCGCUUUGUUUCUCAAAAGCAAAAACGAUCAAGAACAUGAGACUUGUCUUGUUUCCCUGGGGAUCCAUACUUGUUUGCUAAGUGAUUCAUUUUACAGAUGCAGAAGCAGUUCUUUGGUCUUGAAGCUGAAGAAUCAUGGGCUUACUUUUUUGCCCACCAAUUGUCUUCUGAGAGUGCCUUUCUUGUCCUGCCAUUCUUGGAGUGCAACAGCCGAGUGAAGGCAACAAAAACAAACUCCAUAGAAUGAUAGUCGGUGUAAAAGCCAAGGUCUUGUCAACAUUUGUACCCAAAUUUGUUUGCCCAGUGAAAGUAUCCUCUCCUCCAAGUUCUGUGAACGGAUUUGCGCAUCUUGUGUAUUAACUUAUUUAAGAUGAAAAAAAGUAGGUUGUCAAAAUGCCUAUUCAAGAAUAGCUUGAUACACAUUCUGUGAACAUGCAAAUAGUUAUCUAGUUGGGAAUUAUUUUUCUUUUC